GUGGAUUUUCAACGAGCUGGGGAGAAAAGCGGAGACGGGGCAGACAUCAUUCCUCUCUCAGCGUCUUUGGACUAUCCACACGAAGAGACAAACAAAUUACCGUCUUUUCUCCCCUCUCAAAACAGGAGUAUAAUUAUAUCAACUAUUUCUCAGAAAUAACAAUGGCCGACACACUUGUUGACACAACCGCAGCCGCAGAGGUUACAGCCAAGGAGCUGAAAGAAAAGAAAGAAGUGGCGGAGGAGAAGAAGGAGGAGGAGGAGAAGAAGACCGACAGCGAGGACGCACCUGCCAAUGGCACAAAUGGUGCCAAUCACAGCGACAAAGUGGAGGAGGCCACAAAGGAGGAGCAAAAGAAUGGAGAUGGCAAAGCAGAGGAGGAGGCGCCCCCUGCUGAGGAGACUGAUGCACAGCCUGUGAAGCGUGCUGCUGAGGAGGAGGUGGAGGAGGAGGAAAAGGGGGAGACAAAAAAGCAGAAAACGGAGGAGAAUGGAGAUUCAAAAGAGGCCGAGGUGGAAGCUUAAGCCUCUGCGCUGCUCCUUGUUCGCGGCACUGUCUCACCAGCCUGGUCAACAUCGUGUUGUAGAGCUUGUGCUUUCUGUAUCUUUGAGAGAUUCUUUUUUUUUUUUGCUCCCAUGUUAUCACAUUGCACUGGAGUCUUGAAACAUAGUGGCCCUGCAUCCUUUUUUUUAUGAAAUGUUAUUUAUUGGUCUUUAAAAUGAGCUUUCUUUUCUACUUGUACAAACCGGGCCACACCCUGAGAUCAGUUUAUUUCAUUUCCUGAGGUUUUAUAUCAGUAUGUCAAAA